AUGUCAGGAAGGAGUGCCUACGUGCGCAAGCAAAACUUCGAACAAGCAGAUAAACGAGCAUUCAAGGAAUACUCUGAAUAUGGACAUGAUGAUCCUUUCUUCUAUGGCUAUCCUGGCGGACCAAUGUCCGCGUCCAGGCCAAACUUCUCCGCAACUCCCUCAUACCAGUCUUCGCACCACUCCAAUUCGCGCCGCCGAUCAGCAUCUUCUACAAGCAGCACGUAUGGAUACCCUCUUCCUCAUAUGCCUUCACACAUGCGGAAGCCUCGCCCAAUAAUCGUUGCUUCAGCAAUUGAAAAGAGUGACUUUCGAACACACCUCGAUGGCAUGAGCUCGAGUCUGCGCGGCAAGCUUGGGGGGUUGAUCAAAGGGAAGAAGGACAAUGCAGAGAAGCCAAAGCCGCGGCCAUUUACAUCUACCAUGAACUCGGAUAUCCCAAAUCGGAGCGAGAAUUACACACCUUCUGUGGAUGCUGUACCGUCUCUGACAUCGAGCACUUCUCCCUCAGAGGGUCAGGCGACUCUCUCUUCAAGUGGCCACCAUACUCCCUCAUCACGUCAGAGACAGCAGCAAGAGUCCGUCAUACAUAAGAUUAGGAGAUUUGAAGGUGGUGGAAAGCUGCCUCAGCUGGGCUGGAAGUCUCUCUCGAAUAAUCCUGAAUUGUGGGACGAGAAAGGGGACACAUUCGUUUACAUGUAUAUGCAAGCUUCACGGACGAAGCCACCUCCUUCCUUCCGCAUCAAUUCUCGAAUCAUCAAGCAAUCCGGGUCCAAGGCGUUCAUAGACCGGCUGUACAACGUCACGGAGCCUGAAGGCUGGCCUCAAUUUUAUCCUAAUGACGAACACGCUCUGAGAGAGGAGUCGCCAGAAGAUGCCGACAUGUACAAUGCGUAUGGAUCUCACGGUGAAGACGGCGACAUUGAUGCCAUACGUCCUGUUGACGAUUCGAAGCCUCACGUCCAAAGGGCGCCAAGUGGCAUCCAGCAUGAGAUUUACAUACCGUGGCCGGGAGCAGAGACUGGAAUACACUCGACAAUAUGGCACAUCACCACCCGAAACUUCUUCGCCGUCAUGUACGAUGCUAGCGCCUUGGUCGGCACGACACUACAUGAGGCAAUGACCAAGCUGUCUGAACGUAUCGUUAUGUAUCCAGACUAUUUGGAUAAAAGUAUCAACAAGGUAGACUGGAUUACAGACUACAUUGUCCGUCACAAGUUUGAUGAUGUUCGAAACAACCCAUCCUAUGCAGCCUCAUUGCUGGCCUUUAGCGAGGCGCCUGGCGUGCAGUGGAGAGAAGGCUACAUCGAAGCCUUUGUGCACUGUGUAGGCAUGCUGGACAUGGGCCUUCAGACGAUUCCGGAAUGGCGUCACGUUACACCUCAUACUAAGAUGUUCCUGCAGAACGCGAGCAUGGAGAUUGAAGAGCGAAUCACCCGGGCUCAAGGGUGGCUGCUGUCUUUCGACUUCGGCGAGAUGUGGCCUCACACUGCUCUUCCGGCUUCCGUUACUCGCGGCUGCUUUGACCGACUGAGGAAAUGGCUUUGCAAAUACUACGAGAAUGCCUUCCUGCAUUGGCCACCGACUAAUGACCAGAUUUGGCUGACCCGCGACACGGUCAUGCGUCUCAAGAAUGAUUUCGAGGGCUUGUACGAUUACCUGGUCGACCGUGACGUGAUGUUCGAUGGCACAGAGUAUCGCCCAGGACAGAAGUGGGCUAUCACCAGCCGAUCUGGCCAGAACUUCCGUGCGGAUACUUUCGAGCUUCCUUUCACCGAUAUCCUUCUUGGCUUCGACAAACGCAACGACUUCCCCCAUAUCCCUCAUCCUUAUCCCAUCACGCCCACCUCGGUCCCCACCCAAUCCAAGUCUAAAUCCACAUGGAUUGUCAAGAAGCCAAUCUCGCCCGCAGACCUACUGGCUCAAUCCCGCCGCAAAGCACUGUCCUACGCAGAAGCUAGCAAUGUCUACACUCUCCGUGACCAAUAUAUGCACACCGACCUCGUCACGAAUUUCAUACGUUUCGAGCAGAGCGAUCAGGUGGAGACUCUUGACCCGUUCGAGGCACGCCGCGGCCGUUGGAUCCUUAUAUAUGGUGUUCUACAGGUCCUUGCUACCAUCUCUGUCGACAGUCCAAAUCUCCGUUUCAAAGAAGGCGCGCAAUACCACCUCUGCCCACAAAUGAAAGGCGUAGUACCCUGGGCCGAGCGAGGCUCCCCGCCCGAAGCAGAAGCCGAGCACAAGCGUAGUCAUUGCUGGGUCAUACCCGAAACGUGGGGUCCCGUUCUUCCCAAAGCUCGUCCCAACGCGCACAAACCCAUCCUAUGGGGCCAAUACGGCGAUGGUAGAACUCGAGGAGCAAGCUCGGAGUCUGAUCCUACCCUGGACCCUCCCGGCCCCAAACCACACGAUGCUAGCCUCGGGAGGAAAAGAGCUGAGGAGUGGGUUGCGACUAGUGGUGGCCCAGAGGUGGGAAUGGGGGAUAUUGGCAGUGAGAUGAAUGCGAAUAACAUGGAUGAAGUUAGAAGUACAGUGAAAAGUGAGGGAAGUGGAGAGCAUAGUACUGAGAGUGCUGCAGAAGCUGCCAGGAGAAGGAGGGCGAUGGUGCAUGGGUUCACGGAUUUUCAGCCACCUAGUGAGUGGUGA